AUGGACCAACAAAUGAGUCAAUCAAUCAAGCUGAGAGCAGCUCUGACCACAAGGAUCAAGGAAAUUAUGGGAAAAUCAUCAGCAACAGGGAUCUUCAGAGGGGGGAUAUUGCAAACUCACCUUCUACACAAAGCAAGAUUAAGAAUUGGACAUGAGCUAGACAGUUGCUUAGCAACACGUGAUGUCAACUUCCAUGCUUCUGCGUCAAUCUCAGAAUAUGAGAUCAAUCGAGCUGCACUGACAGUUGCCCAUGCAAUGGUAAAUCCUUAUUAUGUGGAUUGGGAUGUUGACAGAUUUGCCGAAAUGGCCAAAGUCUCUACACCUAAAUCUGAUGGUCCCCUCGCUAAUACCAAUCAGCUACCAAAGUACUUUUCUGCAGCUAUGAUCGGUAAAAUUUCAGCACCAGCUACUAUUGUGGACAGGCAAGCCACUAAGGGUUUACGGACUUUACUUCUUGAAACAAUUACGUCCUCCACCCAACAGUCUUGGCGAUCUCAAGGCUUUGUUGUCCCAGAGGGGGGUGGAGAAUUUGGAGCAGGCAGAGUCACAGUAUCACCAGCAUAUUUUAUGCAAAGACACGAGAGACUGGAAGACCCAAUGGUUACCUCGGCUUCCUAUAAGUCUGUGGAAGUCCAAGAGUGGCUAGCUGCUUUAUCAGCUACUGAAUCUUUCUGGAAUGCCAUUACCGCUGUAUCGGCUCCAGAUCUAUUCGAAGCAGGCACCUUGGCAAUCACUCGUAUUAUUGAGGAACUUCAAGGUUCUGAUAGAACAUCACCACCCAUCUGUGAUUGGCCCUCGAUCUUCUCAGGAUUGGAAAUAAUUGCAAAAUCAGAUUCUGGUGGCGCACCUUCUCUUUUUGAUCUUCUGAUUAGUUUAGGCAGUGGCCAUGAGGCUAAGUUGACAUUAGCAGAUGUUGGGGCCGAACUGGAUUAUUACCCUGGGACAAUGGUCUUCAUUUCCGGGAAGGUUUUACAACAUUCUAUUGGUCCAUGGGUUCGGGAGAAAGGCUCGUUAUUGCCCAUUUUAUGA